AUGUCCUACUUCAUGACACAGAGAGCUCAUUCGGGUCUCCUUACUCCUGGCCAAGGUGGGGCAGGCUCUCCAAGCUCCUCCCUCAGCCUCUAUGGUACCAUGGAGCCAGUGGUGAUGGCCCCUGGAGGGCCAGGCCCGCUGAGCCAGAAAGCUGAGCGUCAGGCAGCUCCCCAGUCCUGGGGUCAUUCUCUACCUACACCAGAGCCUGGGAUCUGCCCAGGGGGGGCUGGCUGGGAGCCGCUUCGGCGGAAAGAGUAUCAUGGCAGAUACUGCAGAAAGUUUCCUCAUGUGAGGCAGCUUGAGAACCUGGGCUGGGAAGAUGGUUGCUCAAGGGGCAGGGUUCCUCAGUUGGCUGGAGGGCAGAUGGGUGGUGUUGGGGGGCAUGGGCCGCUGCUGCUCUGUGGGCUAUCUCCAGGGGCCCUGCUGGUGCCCAAAGAGGCAGGGGGCAAGGAGCCUGGUUCUCAGCCUGACAUCUGCAUUCUCACAUUGGCUAUGAUGAUUGCUGGCAUCCCCACUGUGCCUGUCCCAGGCCUGAGGGAGGAGGACAUGAUCCGAGCGGCCCAGGCCUUCAUGAUGGCCCAUCCAGAGCCUGAGGGGGCUACUGAGGGGAGGUGGGGUCAGGCCCAGUCUCACAUGGUGCUUGGCCAGGCCCCACUGGUGGGGUCCAGAAGAAGUCAGGGUCCUGGUUCCUGCUUGUAGCCAGAUGAAAUUGCACUAGACUCACUGGGUGGCUUCUCUGUAUGGUUAUU